AUGUCGGUUGACAAAGAACCCGCGCAGCAGCAGCAGCAGCAGCAGCAGCUACAACCACAGCAAGGAGGCGCAGAAGAUCACACAAUGCAGGACGCUGCUACUUCUACAACCCAGCAGCCGGGGCCGCAGCCGCAGCCGCAGCAGGAUGCGCCUCCGCUAUCAACACCAACAACAACAUCAACAACAGCAAAUAACGCUGCAAAUGCAGAUGCAGGCAACAAUGGUGAUAAUGAUAAUGAAGCACCAGACUCCCCCCCGCUGCCAGCAAAACACAGGCCCGCCACCCCGGGCCCCCGCGCCGCCCGCCUGCAAGCCCUCUUCGCCGCCACCCUCACCCACACGCUCGACAAGAUCAGCUACGCCAACUUCGCCGCCUGCUACCCCACCGUCGCGGCGCGCGCGCCGGGCACCCUCGAGUUUGUCCAGCGCCAGAUGGUUGAGCGGCUGGGGGCGCAGUGUAAGCGAGAAUUCGACUCAGUCCUGCAGAACCGCAACGUCAUCGCCAAGCUGAACGAGCUCGAGAGCCUCGUCAGCGAGGCCGCCGCGCGCAAGCAAGUCGCUGCCGAGACGACGGAUGUUGUUGCUGUUGAUGGGGUCGAGCCGCCUGUGCCACCACACACACUCCCCGCCGGCACCGUGCUAGCCGCACACCUCGCACCGCACCUGGCCGCGCAGCAGUCGGCGCUCAACGCACGGCUGCAGAACACGCAGGCGGCCAACGCGCGACUGUUUGACGAGAUCGGCGCGCAGCGCGCCGACAUCGAGGCGCUGCUGGCGACCGUCGAGCGCGUGCUGGCCGACAUGGACGGCGCCGCCGGGCUGCUGGACGGCGUCGCCGACGAGCUGGUGCGCGAGACGCGGGCCGCUGCUGCGGUUGUCGAUCCUGAUCCUGAUCUUGGGAUUGUUGGUGGUGGU